CCGCCGCCGGAACAAAAGGGGCGGCCGAAGGUGGCGGCGUGGCCGCGCCCGCUGCUCCCGCCGCUCCGCCACCAUGUCCGCCAGCGGCGGCAGCUCCCCCGGCAAUGCCGUGAAGAAGCGGAGCCCGGCCGGCUCGGCCGCCUCGCUGCCGCAGGAGGAGGAGAAGCAGGCGAUGGAGAAGAUGCUGGAAGGGGCGCAGGAGAACGGCUGUGCCCGCUCGCCGUCGCCCUGCGGCUCGGCGGAGGGGGUGACCCUGAAGCGGAACAUCACCCUGCUCAACGGCGUGGCCAUCAUCGUGGGCACCAUCAUCGGCUCCGGCAUCUUCGUCACCCCCACGGGCGUGCUGCGGGAGGCCGGCUCGCCGGGGCUCUCGCUCGUGGUCUGGGCCGUGUGCGGCGCCUUCUCCAUCGUGGGCGCGCUGUGCUACGCCGAGCUCGGCACCACCAUCACCAAGUCCGGCGGGGACUACGCCUACAUGCUGGAGGUGUACGGCUCCCUGCCCGCCUUCCUCAAGCUCUGGAUAGAGCUGCUCAUCAUCCGGCCCUCCUCGCAGUACAUCGUGGCUCUGGUGUUCGCCACCUACCUGCUCAAGCCCAUCUUCCCCACCUGCCCCGUGCCCGACGAGGGUGCCAAACUGGUGGCCUGUCUGUGUGUCCUGCUGCUGACAGCUGUGAACUGCUACAGUGUCAAGGCUGCCACCCGUGUGCAGGAUGCCUUCGCUGCGGCCAAGCUGCUGGCGCUGGCUCUCAUCAUCAUCCUGGGCUUCGUGCAGCUGGCAAAGGGUGAUGUGGAAAACCUGACCCCUCAGAAAUCCUUCGAGGGCACCAAGGUGGGCGUUGGGAACAUCGUGCUGGCUCUGUACAGCGGCCUCUUCGCCUAUGGAGGAUGGAAUUACUUGAAUUUUGUGACAGAAGAGAUGAUAAAUCCCUACAGGAACCUGCCCCUGGCUAUCAUCAUCUCCCUGCCUGUGGUCACGCUGGUGUAUGUGCUGACCAACUUGGCUUACUUCACCACGCUGAGCACCGAGCAGAUGCUGACGUCUGAGGCCGUGGCCGUGGAUUUUGGGAACUACCACCUGGGUGUCAUGUCCUGGAUCAUCCCUGUCUUUGUUGGGCUCUCGUGCUUUGGGUCUGUCAAUGGAUCUCUUUUCACUUCUUCCCGGCUGUUCUUCGUGGGAUCCCGAGAGGGGCACCUGCCCUCCAUCCUGUCCAUGAUCCACCCCCGGCUGCUCACCCCCGUCCCGUCCCUCGUGUUCACGUGUGUCAUGACCCUGCUCUAUGCCUUCUCCAACAACAUCUUCUCAGUCAUCAACUUCUUCAGCUUCUUCAACUGGCUGUGUGUGGCCCUGGCCAUCAUUGGGAUGAUGUGGCUGCGCUACAAGAAGCCAGAGCUGGAGAGGCCCAUCAAGGUGAACAUCUGCCUGCCCAUCUUCUUCAUCCUGGCCUGCCUGUUCCUCAUCGCCGUUUCCUUCUGGAUGACGCCCAAGGAGUGUGGGAUCGGCUUUGCCAUCAUCCUCAGUGGGAUCCCCAUUUACUUCUUCGGGGUCUGGUGGCAAAACAAGCCCAAGUGGGUUCUCCAAGGCAUCUUCUCCACCACCGUGCUGUGCCAGAAGCUGAUGGAGGUGGUUCCUCAGGAAUCCUAGGCAGGACAAGCAGGGACUCUGAGCUCGAGGAAACGCACAAGGUUAUUCUGAGAUGACACAAGGAUCCGACCCCUCAUCCCCAAUCCCAGGCACCGGAGCUGCCUCCUGCUGCCACCACUGCCCCAAGGCUCUGCUCACCUCCUGCAGCCCCUGCAGCCCCUCCCAGCCCUGCAGAGCAGCCAGGAGAGUCCUUGGUACGAGCCAGGAGGAGGAAUUGCAAAGGGCACUGCCAGGGGGUGCUGCCUGUGCCCUCUGUGUGUGUGUGAGGGCUGUGCUUGGCUCUGGGGGCUCCUUUGCUUUGGGAUCUGCUGGAGCCUGGGUUGAGUGUUCAGAGUGCCUGGGGGGGGAAGCUGGGGCUGCCACAGAGCCCUGGGGGGGGUCCUGAGCUGCCUUACCUGGCCCAGGUUGGGGUGGGAAGCAGAGCUUGGCUGAUGUUGUCUCACUGCCCCAAACUCACACCCCUAUGUGCUGCUGGACACUGGAUGUGGGGGGCUCUGAGUGUCUCUGUGCUCCUCACUCAGGGCCCUGCCACCCUCUGGGUUUGGAUCACCCCUCUCAGAUCCUGGCAGCUCCCUGCUGCUGAGCCAGCCCUCCAGGAUGCUGCUCCCCACAGUGCCCAUCCCUGGCAGUGAGCACUGAGGGGGAGUUCCUGCUGAGAGCCCAGGAGCUGCAGUCAGCAGAAGGCCAAGUCCUUGGCUUGCUCAUUCCAUGCUUCUCUGUGCCAGGUUUUCAUCCAGCAUGGCAUGAGCAGCUCUGUGCUCUCUCUCCUCAUGGCCCUGCUCAGGGAGCCAUGUUUGCCCCUAACCCACCUGCAGAGAGAAAUCGGGGGUGGGCAUUGCCCUGACACAUUCCCUGGGGUCUCUGUGCACUGCCCGGGGCUGCUCCCUUUGUCCUGCUGUGUUUCCUCUGGAAUGUGCCACGGAGAUGGGACCAACUGGCUCUGGGCUGUGGAGCAGGGCAGAUGUCCUGGCUGGCUGGAGCCUCCUGGGGCUGCUGGAGAUCAUGGAAUGGCUGGGUGGAAAGGGACCUUACAGCCCAUCCAGUGCCACCCCUGCCAUGGCAGGGACACCUUCCACUGUCCCAGGCUGCUCCAAGCCCUGUCCAGCACUGCCAGGGAUCCAGGAGCAGCCAGAGCUGCUCUGGGCACCUGUGCCAGGGCCUGCCCACCUCUGAGCAAUGAAAGUGAGCUCUGCUCUAAGGAGCAGAGCCUGGCCUGAUCCUCCUUUGUGCAUCAGGUCUGGCUUGAUGAGAUGCCAGCACCACCCUCCUGCUCCAGGAGCCAUCCCUGAGCACAAUCCAUGAUCUGCAUGUGAAAUCCUGGUUUGCUGUUGUGGGUGGUGCCAUCCCAUCCCUGAGCACCCCAGAAUUCCUGUAGUUCCCCAGUAGUCAGCACUGUCCCCUGAGGGACACGUGGCUUUCUUUGCUCCAAAGUGUCACCCUUGGAAAGCUGCAGUUCCUGAACCAUUUGCUCAUUGUGCCUCUGUGCUCUGACAUCUCCUGGAAUUCUGAUCUUCCCCCACUGGAGCUGCUUUGCUGUGUCUGUUGCAGAUCUUUGUGCUUUGUGCAGGUGGCUUGGUGAACUAUUCCUCAUUUUCUUUUAAUCUUGGCCAUUGGGAAGCCGGGGUGCUCCAGGAGCUGUCACUUCCCACUGGGUUCUCCUUGAGGCAGAGUUCUGUGGGCUGAAGGGGCUUUGAGGACACCCUGGUGCUCACUCACUCUGUGUUAUUAGGGCAGGGGCAGCUCCACACUCCCACUAUGCCAGCCCUGUGUCCUGCUCUGGGGCAGAACAGGGGAGACAAUCAGCUCUUUAUUCCAUGGCAGCUGGGGUGGAGAUUCCAAAUCAGCUCAGUGGCAGUGUGGAAAUAUCCAGUGACAGUGUGGAGAUUCCCAAAUCAGCUCAGUGACAGUGUGGAAAUAUCCAGUGACAGUGUGGAAAUAUCCAGUGACAGUGUGGAGAUUCCCAGUGUCAGUGUGGACAUUCCCAGUGACAGUAUGGAGAUUCCCAAUCCAGCUCUCUGGGAGCUGAGUUAAUCCGUGAGGAUUUGCAGCUGCUUUGGGAAUAUCCAGGGGGCAGACCCCAAGGUUUUUGGCCAGUGCAAUGAGUUGGAGCAUCUCAGGUCCAAUGCCAGUGGAGAGACUUUGGCAUAAAUAAGGUCAUGAAUCACAAAAUCUGAACUUGAGUUUUGGCUUCUUCCAGCUGUAGGCUGAGGUGGUUUUGAGGAGUGAUGGGAAAUCACAGCUCCUGCUGGACCUGCUCCAUGGAGAGGGGACCUCAGUCUGUCACCUGCCACUCCAGCUGCAGGGUUUUUUGGCUGUGAGGUCUCAGGGCAGCUCCUGCAGGGCCUGGGUUCAGCGUGGGGGCUCUCAGUGCCAAAAUCCACCAGCAGAAUUCCUUGGGAUGCAAAGCAAAGGCAUUGGAAUCUCAGCCACCUCAACCCAGCUGGCACCAAGAGCCCUCCACAGAGAGCUCAGCAUUGGGGCCAGACCUCACAGAGGCUGGCUUGGACAUGUCCAUCAGGUGAUGACCAUCACAGUGCCCUCCUGGUGACCCUUUCACUCUGCUUUGAAAGAGGAGCUGUCACACUAAAAAGUAAUUUUUAAGCAAUCAAUGGAUUUUGAUUAAAUCCUUAACUGGCUUGCUUUGCUUUUCGUGGAUUUCCAUGGUUUCUCACUUGCUGCUGAAGAUUUUCUCUUGUACUAACCUGAGGCUCUGAUCCCACCUCUGUGGCCAUCUCAUCAGCAUCUCCUUGGCAAUAGAGGUUUAGGAAGAAACUAAACCAGGUACCAGCACAGAGCCACAAAAAGGCUGAAUUUGGUCAGCCUCAGCUCACAGCUCACAUCUCAAAGCUGAUCUGCCAAAAAGCUGAUUUCUUUCACCCUGGAGUCAUUGAUCCCCCAGAGCUGCCCUCCACCAGAGCUUGGUGGCACGGCUGGAAGAGCUUGGGUUGGUUUUUCCUGGAGGUUUGGGAGAUAAUGAGGAAUGGGGAAAAACUGAAUUUCAUUUUAGAAAGAAAAGACCACAAGCAGUUUCUGCAAUCAUGGAAAUGGCUGCCACAGCCCCUGCUGUCUGGUGUGGCAGCUCUUCCCUUGCAUCAGCAACAUCUGCCCCCAGCUUGUGCUGUUCUGAUGGGUUUGGGUAUGGGAGAGGGAGAACUCACCCCUGGGAACAACCUUGCUGCUUGUUUCCCUCAGACAUGGAGUGAGGUGUGUCAGGGAGGGCAGGGGAGGGACAGAGUUCCCAGUUUCCCAUCCUUGCCAGCACUGGAGGUGGGAUUUCCCUGUUGUUUUGUGCUCUUUGGGGCCCGUGGUCAGGCAGGGAGGGAGAUGAACCCUCCCCGCCAGGACCCUGCAGCCACAGUGACCUCCAGGAGGUUCCACAGGAAUCUGUUCCACUGACAGCUCCCUGCAAGUCCUGCUGGGGCUGUUCUGUCCAUGGAAUUCAGGUUGGAAAAGACCUUGCAGGUCAUGGAUCCCACGGCUGUGCCAUGGUCCUGUGCUGUGAGCUGACUCCAGAUUCCAGUUCCUGCUCCUCUCCAGUUGUUGUGAGUUCAGGCUCCCAGGCUGGCAGAUGUUGUUUGGGGUGUUCACAGGAUUGCAUCCUGCAGGGAUUGCUAAACAGAGCAGGAGCUGCUGGCCAGGCACUUCCAUACCCACUGGGUUCCUCUUUCUAAAUGUACCCUUCCUCCAGCUGGGAGGGGAACCAGCCCUGCAAGAACCAGGGGGAUUUAUGUCAUCAUGAUGGACUUUUAAUGAUUUUAUUUUUUAAAACUUCCUGCAGAAUUUGCAGUGGUUUCCAUCUCAGACACCGUGUUCUGGUAAACAGGCUUUUGUUUGGAACAGCCCCCUUGGUGGCCACGGAGUUCAAAGGGACUCUGGCACAGUUGAACAAACUUUAAAGGCCCUUCAGCUGGGCUGGGGCUCCUGGGAAGUGGCUUUGUUGUUGUCCAAGGCCUCUCCCAGUGGGUGGCUCAGGCAAGGGAAUAAAUUGGGCUCCUCCAGGGGCUGCUCCGUGGUGGGUCCAGGCAGGGGCAGUGGGGCUGGUCCCUGGAGCUGUGACUUCCCAGCCCUGAGGGAUUUUCCCAGUGGCAGAGCCCUGGUCUGGCUGCAGGGAAUUCCAGGGAAUGUUUCCACUCAGCCUGGGAAGGUACCCGUGCCUUCAGCUCUGGGGCUUUAAUGGAAAAUCAAAUUACAAACCAAAUCCUUGAGGAAACUGCCAAACGUUGUCCUUACACAACUUGGGCUGCUCCCGUGGGAUGCCAGCUCUUCCUCCCUCCACUCUGCAACCUCCUGACUCAAAUUGGGAAAGGGCUGGAACCAAACAGCUCCUGGAGCUUGGGAAAAGGCAGCCCCAGGGCAGGGUGGCUCCAGGCUGGUGCUGAGCUCUGGCUGGGACCCCAGGGACUGAAUCCCAGCCUGUGCCUCAGCCAGAGCCAGCCAUGACUGGUGCCAAGGAGGGAGAUCCUGCAGGGAUGGGAAUCUGCUCAUCCUGCAGGGAUGGGAGUCUGCUCAUCCUGUAGGGCUGGGAAUCUGCUCAUCCUGCAGGGCUGGGAAUCUGCUCAUCCUGCAGGGCUGGGAAUCUGCUCCUGCAUUGCUGCAGGGAUGGGAAUCUGCUCCUCAUCCCUGCAGGAAUGGGAAUCUGCUCCCUCAUCCCUGCAGGAAUGGGAAUCUGCUCCCUCAUCCCUGCAGGAAUGGGAAUCUGCUCCUCAUCCCUGCCAGGACAUCCUGGAGCCCUCGGUGCUGAGGGAAGCUCCAGGGGCUCCUCAUUCUGGGUGUCUCCUUGAGGAGUUACACCCAGGAUGGUGCUGGCUUUGCCUGGGCUCGAGUUCUUCCCAGUUGGAACUGGAACUGGAACUGGGUUGGGAAUGUGUGGGGGAUGCUGCUGAGCUCCCGUUGGAUGGUGCAGUGGUAGGAAACGUGGCUUGGGGUCGGUGAUCCCAAAGGAUCCCAUAGCCAGAGGGUUAUUCCUUGCCUGAGAAGGGGUGUUGCUUCCUCCAGCUGUGGACGUGGUAAUGAGUAAAAAUAAAAAGUAUUUUUUUAAACACUGAAUUAAUUUCUAAACUGCCUAAAAGAGACUUUAUAGCUACACCUGAGUUCCUCCCCAGGGCUGAUGUUCAGCCCAGCACAGGGACUCCCCCUCAUCCUGGGCUGUGGCUGUGCUGGGAUCAACAUCAGACAGGGAAAAACCUCCUGGUUUGUUCAGAGGAUGGGGCAGGUCCAUGUCCCACAAAACCCUUGGGGAGGGAGGAUCCUGAGGGGUUCCCAGACCUCGCUCCCACCCUCAGGACAAAGGGAGGGUGACCUCCACUCCCUGUGGAGAAUCUGACUUUUCAGACACUUUGCUUUGUAUUUUUGUUGUUUUUUUUUAAACACAGGAAAAAAAAGAAAAGCUCUUAACACACACAAGAAAACCUGAACCUGAUUUACGAUUUUGUUAUAUUUGGUUGCUUUAAAAAACCUGUUUUACUAAUUUAAAUAUAUCUGUAGAUGACACUAUAUUUAUUUGAAAGGGGUAAAUAUCUUUUAGUCUUAAUUCUUCUCCAGUAAGCGCUGUGUAUCCCAAUGUUUGUGUUCCUGGCAGCACAGCAAUUCCACUGACUGAGGGCUGGGCAGCCAGCAGCUCCUGAAUCCAAUGGCCUUGGACAACAAGAUGUCUCUUGCAAUGUAAUUUUUUUUUUUUUGGUAGUAUUUCUUGAUUCUUUUAUGUCUGUGGUUUAACAAAUCUGUUCAAUGUUUGGGUUGUUCUAUGUUUUGGGUUGUUUUGUUUUGUUUUUUUAACAAAGAAAGCUGAAUUACAACA